AUGCCGGAAUUCAUCAGCGUCACUUUCCCCAACGAGUCCACCGAGCUCGCACCCAUCCCCGGUGCACCAAUUGAUCCCGAGUAUCUCGUUCGCUAUGCUCGAUCUCUAGAUGAUUUCGGAUACAAUUACACAUUGGUGCCAUAUGAUUCAUCAUCAUUCGACCCUUUCACCAUCGGCGCAACAAUCCUUUCCGUAACCAAACACAUCAAGGUUAUCAUCGCUCUUCGCCCAAACACCCUCUACCCAACUGUAGCCGCCAAGGCGCUCUCAACCCUUGACCAGCUGAGCCGCGGCCGUGUUGUUGUCCACUUUAUCGCCGGAGGCAGCGACGCAGAGCAAGCCAAGGAAGGCGAUUUCCUGACCAAAGACCAGCGCUACGGCCGUCUGGAAGAAUACAUCAAGAUCCUCCGUCGCGCAUGGAAGUCCGACGAGCCCUUCGACUGGGAAGGUGAAUACUACCAAUUCAAGCAAUUCAGUAACCGCGUGCGUCCCACCAACGGAACCAUCCCCGUGUCCGUAGGCGGGUCGUCCGACGAGGCAUACCGUAUCGGAGGCUCCCUGGCCGACAUCUUCGGGUUGUGGGGCGAGCCUCUCAAAGAAACCAAGGAACAGAUCGAUCGUAUUUACGCUGCAUCUGAUAAGGCCGGUCGCGCCGAGUCCGACAGACCCCGUAUUUGGGUCACUUUCCGUCCUAUCCUGGCUGAGACGGAUGAUCUGGCUUGGGCUAAGGCUCAUGCGACACUCGAUGCUCUCUCAACUCAUCGCGCAAAUGGCCAAGGAAAGGUUCCGGCUAAUGCGCCGCCUCCUCAGAAUGUAGGCUCUCAGCGCUUGCUUGAUAUUGCGGCUCGUGGGGAGGUCCAGGACCGUGCGUUGUGGUAUCCCACUGUCACGGCGACGAAUGCGCGGGGCGCGUCUACGGCUUUGGUGGGAUCGCCGAAGACGAUUACCGACUCGCUGAUUGAUUAUGUGGAUCUCGGGGCGGAUCUGAUUUCUGUUCGUGGAUAUGAUAAUCUUCAUGACGCUAUUGACUACGGGCGAUUUGUUUUGCCUCGUGUGCGUGCAGUUCUGAAGGAGCGCGAAGGCACUUCGGCUUGA